GAGAAAGUAUAUGCAUGUUAGCUUCAUGUGGUUCGGAAGCAAGUCUCGUAACAUUUCUAUAACUGACUGUAUAUUUAUUCGAUACUGAACAAAGAUGAGCAUCCAAGCUGUGCGUCUUUUUCGUAAACUAGACGGAUUGUUCGCUGUGUACAAACCGCAGGGAGUUCACUGGAAGCUUGUGCGUGACACCGUAGAGUCACAUUUACUGAAAGAACUAAACUCCUGCCCUCCACCACCACCACGGUUAACUGUGCAGUUUCAGCUUUUGUCCAGUGGAGAGAACAGAAGCUCUACAGAUCUUACAUUAUCACCCUCUAUGGUCCCUUCACUAGCAGACCACCCUCAAGUGACCGGGCCACAGUUUCACAAGGUUCAUGUUGGAAUUGGUCAACGCUUGGAUGCUUUUUCCUCUGGAGUAUUAGUUUUAGGGUUGGGGAAAGCAAAUGGAUUGCUGGAGCAUCUAUGCAAAGCACAUGUAACUAGGGAUUACACACUUGAGGGGGAGUUUGGAAAAGCCACAGAUAACUUCUGUCACACAGGUCGAGUCAUAGAGAAAACCACAUAUGACCAUGUUACUCAAGAUAAAUUAGAGAGAGUCCUUGCAAUGAUACAGGGCACCAAUCAGAAAGCUUUAAUUAUGUAUUCUCAGGUGGACCUACAGACUCAAGAGGCUUAUGAGCUUGCACUGAAGGGUUUAUUGUACCCUCAUGGUAAAAGUCCUCCCAUUCUGACUGGCCUGCGAUGCAUACAUUUCAAUCCACCACAUUUCACUUUGGAGGUCCAGUGUCUGAAUGAAACUCAGAAGUACCUGCGCAAAUUGAUUCAUGAGGUGGGAUUAGAGCUGCGGACGUCUGCGGUCUGUUCUGGAGUUCGUCGUACAAGAGACGGUCCCUUUACAGUAGAGAAUGCACUGACCCGCCAACAGUGGACUACUGACAAUAUUAUACAAGCUAUUGCUAACUUUCGAAGCACUACACGCAAAAUCAGAAAGUCUGGAAUCUACAGACAGACUGCUGCCCAAUCAAACACAAGCAUCCAAGAGCAAAAAAGCAAGGGGCAUGAUGAUGCGCAAAACUUUUCUUGUGAUACGAUGGUGGAUAGAGAGUCAGAUGAGACAAGGGAUGAAGAGAGAACAAAAUUUUAAGCAAUUGUAAUAUCAUCCUAAAUUGAGAUUAUUUUGAAUGUUUAUGGUCAUAAGGUUAAUGUAAAGGUACUCACUUGUUUAGUUUAUUACUUUAUUACAUUUUAUAUAAUAUACAUCAUUAAAAGAUGUCACAAUGUUUUUAAAACAUCCAGGUAAUAUCAUUUGACGUACAAUUUACAAAGUAUUUUUACUCUACUUGGGUACAUUCAUCUGUACUUUAUUAUAGUGUCCUUUUCAUCUAAAAUAAUUACCUUACGUUCUAAAUCAUAAUGUCAUGUUUUUCUCUUCAAUACUGCAUUGCAUAAAUGCAUUUUUUAUGUUUUUUACCAUUAAAUACUAGAUACAAAUCUAGUAAUUUAUGAAUAAAAAUACUUGUGUAAAAGGAUAGAACUAGAGUGUUCAUGUGCUCUAGUGUUAAAGGUAAAAAACGACGUGUAUGAAAUGUAGUCUACUGAAAAGUAUGAUAUUAUGCUUUAUAAUGUAGUGAAGUAAUUUUUUUCCAAAGUAAAACAACUUUGAUAAUGAAAACACUUCACUACUGUCCACCUUUGACAAUUUGUUUUAACAGAAAACAAGGUAUAUGUUGUCCUAAAUAUAUGCGGAACUUCUGUUGUGGAACCUUUGAUCGUUUAUAGUCUCGCACGGACUCAUUUACGCUGCCUUAGAAAUAAAAUUGAGUGGAAAUUUGAUUUGUAUCGAACCCAAAGCUGAAUAAACGAGGCGUGGUU